CCACUGUGUGCCCCCCACCGACUGACUGGGACUCGCUCCUCUCAGGUGGGCCACGCGCCGCACCCGCCUGCAGGUGCGGUCAGGCUGGGCUAAAUUGAAUCUCCAACUUUGUUCGUAUCUGGGUUCAGUCAGGUCUGUGUGUGUGGCUUGUCGCUCUUCUGUCUCGUCUGCACGUCUGCACACACCCGACCAACCGACCUCGGGAUGCUACCAGAUCCCUGAACCAGACACCUCCCCAAACCACGUCGAACCUGGGCGCUUCCUUGCACUGCAACUUGGUUACCCGCCCGCCAUUUUCCUUUCUUCUUUGUAACUGUGCAAUUACGACAACGCGCCCGCCAUCGUGCGACCCGGCUGCUUCGUGAUGAUAGUGCGAAAGCUUGCGGUUUUCUACCUUCACCAUGGCGGACAUUGAAGUGUCCGUGGAGUCAGAGGAGCAGUUCUGGGAUGAACUCCGAGAGAUCGUGUCCGUGGCACAAUGCGGCUCGCACGAGACCAUCGACGACUCCCUGCGGUCCUGGCUGUACCUCGUCUCGACCUGCCGGGACUCGUUCCUGCACAGCGAGGACGACGUCGCCAGCUGCUCCCAGAUGCUCAUCGACAGCCAGAUCUUCUGCGGCAACCAGGACUACGUCCGCACCCAGAUCAUGCACAGCCUGCUCCAGGAGGACGACCCCAGCGCCCUCAACGCCAUCGCCAACUUCCUGCUGCUCGACGGCCGCUCCGACGAGGCCACCUUCAAGUCCAUGAUAGACGGCGGCUGCUUCCCGAGGCUGGUCGAGCUGAUCAAGAGCCGCAGGGACGACGACAGGAGGCUGCACCGCCUGCUGCUCGAGCUCAUGUACGAGAUGGCGCGCAUCGAGCGCCUGCGCCUCGACGACCUGCUGUGCGUCGACGACGACUUUGUCAUAUACAUGUUCCAGCUGAUCGAGGGCCUCUCCGACGACGUCAACGACCCCUACCACUACCCCAUCAUACGGGUGCUGCUGGUCAUGAACGAGCAGUACAUGGUGGCCGCUACCACCGCCGCCGUCGACUCCGCCACGCCGGCCGUGCCCGUCACGAACCGCGUCAUCAAGAUCCUCAGCCUCGACGGCCCCAGCUUCCGGACCUUUGGCGAGAACAUCAUCCUCCUGCUCAACAGGGAGACCGAGACGUCGCUGCAGCUGCUGAUCCUGAAGCUGCUCUACCUCCUCUUCACCACCAGGGGCACCUACGAGUACUUCUACACCAACGACCUGCGCGUGCUCCUCGACGUCAUCAUCCGCAACCUCCUCGACCUGCCGGACGAGUCCAUGUCCCUGCGCCACACCUACCUGCGCGUGCUGUACCCCCUGCUGGCGCACACCCAGCUGAGCCACCCGCCCCACUACAAGCGCGAGGAGAUCCUCAAGGUCCUGUCCAUCCUCAGCGGCGAGGGCAACGUCCACUUCGCCCCCGCCGACGAGACCACCCUGCGCCUGGUCGACCGUGUCUCCAAGGUGAGGUGGCUGGGCGAGAGCGGCACCGGCCCCGAGGUCGGCGAGGUCGCCCGCAAGCUCCUCGGAAUCAGCCUGUCAGACUCCCAGACGCAGAGCAACGUCAGCGUCGUCGACGUCGCAGCAGUCAUGGAGAAGCCGGGCGUCAAGACCCCGAGCCGGAGCAGGGCCGCCGCGGACGACGCCAAGGAUGCCGCUGCUGCCGCCGCUGCUGCUGCCGCUGCGGCGGCUGAGGGGGCAGGGGCAGAGGGGCCCAAGAGCGAGGAAGAGCUGGCGCCGAAACCCAAGAAAGUCCUGCCCGCUGUCCCGAGGCACAGGCACGGAAAGCCUACCACGCCCGCCGUGCCCGAGGUGCUCCUCAACGGCAGCGGCAACGCCAGUAACAAAUCCAACAGCACCAGCCCUGCCAACGGCAUCGGCAUCGGCAACGGCAACGGCAACGGCAACGGUGGCGCGCCGGCGAAGAAGCUACCGCCCAAGACGCCGCCUCCGCGCAGGACCAGGCUGAGGGCCGCCGAGGCGCCACCCCCGACCCCGGCAGCGCCCUCCGCGCAGGCAUCAUAACGAAACGAAAGAAUUUCUCUGUUCUUUGUGGCGAUCUGACGAGACACCUCUUUUCUCAGGAAUGAUCCGAUAUCUCAAGACAGAUGGGGCGCGCUCGCGCGGGUCAGCGGCGGGCGCGUAGUAAUGACAUUCCAGCCGCCAGUGUUUCUAUUUUAUUCCUUCCAAUACCACGGCAUAGCAUCAGGGAAACGGCGCAAACAUAGCUUCGGAAAGGGGCCGGUUGUUUUUGUUAUUCCCUUCUUUUUUUGAAGCUCCUUUGUUGUUUUUCUGUAGCCUCUCCAUUCUCUGUCUUCCCACACCAAUCGAGGGAUCCAUUGAGCCGGAUACGAAGAAGAACGACAGAGGAGAGGUGGGUGGGCGGG